AUACUUAAUUUAGUUUCGUUGCAAUUACGCAAAACUAUUUUGUUUUGCGUAGUAAAAUCUUAAACUAAUUACAAGCAUGGAAAGUAAAAUAUACGUUUAAAGUCAAUACAAUUAAGCUAAGUACAAUUAGAUCAAUUUGUUGUUUUGAUACUUAAGCAAUUAAAUUUUUGUAACUAUAAAAAUUACCUGGUCAAAUUUUUUUCAGCUAUAAAAAAAGGAGUUAACAUUAUUAUUAAAAAAUAUUUUUUAAUUUAUUGAAAAUGCUAUUUACAUUUUUAACUUACACGCUAUUGGCAGCAAUGUUUGAAACAGCACCACUAAUUUAUCAACCAUGUCCCUUCCACGAACAUGACGAUCCUACGCGUGUAUUAAAGAUAUUACUCGAAAACUUCAAUGUUUUUAAUUCAACAAUAAAAGAUCUUUCUAAAUCAAAUCAAAAUCACGAAAAUCCAAAAAACAGCCUAGUUAGUUUUCAUACAUUUACAAAUAAAGCACCAGUGUGUGAAACAAAAUCAAUUGAAGUACCCGAUCUUAUUGGUAAAGUUACUAUUCCAAGAAAAAUAACGGAGGUAACACUCGUAAACUCUUUAAACGCAAAUAAAUGUAAAAAAGUAAAAAAAGAAAUCGUAUAUUUAGAGGAAGAAAAAUCUUGCAAUAAGUAUAUAGAUGCGCGCAUGUACAUUGUAAAGAUCAGAGAUAUCGUAGUAGCCUACGAACAUAUGAUUUAAAUAAACUUAAAAAAAUUAAACUAUCAUAAAGCGGUAGUGGUUCCGAGUUCGAUCCCCAACACGUCCCUGGUAGCACCGCGGUCGACUCGUUUCUCCGCGCAAAAAUUAAACUAAUCAUAAGCUUUUUUGUUGACCAAAAAGAUGCUUUUAUAAACUUAAUAUAACUUUUUUAAAUUUGGUGUGAAAAUUUUUGUACUUAUAAAUCUAUAUUUUGUUAUUUAGUAAGGUUAACAAUAUUUAUAAAAACAACUAUAAGCAUUUAUA